CCCCCGGCUGCCGGUGAAGGUGAGAGUCUCCUCUGAGCCGCCGUCUCGGUCGCGCGGCCCCGCAGCAGCGCGGAGCCAUGGCCGCCGCCGGCUCCCUCUUCGCCUCCGUGCCGCGGGCCCCGCCCGUCGCCGUGUUCCAGCUCACGGCCGACUUCCGGGAGGACCGGGACCCGCGGAAAGUCAACCUGGGGGUGGGCGCCUAUCGCACAGAUGAGGGGCAGCCCUGGGUCCUGCCCGUAGUGAAGAAAGUUGAGCAGAAGAUCGCUAAUGAUGCCAGCUUGAACCAUGAAUACCUGCCGAUCCUCGGCCUGCCUGAGUUCCGGGCCAACGCUUCAAGGAUCGCGCUUGGAGAGGACAGUCGUGCUAUCAAGGAGAAUCGUGUAGGAGGCGUUCAGUGCUUGGGCGGGACUGGCGCUCUGCGCAUCGGAGCAGAGUUCCUGCGGCGCUGGUACAAUGGAACCAACAACACAGCAACUCCUAUCUACAUCUCUUCUCCUUCCUGGGAGAACCAUAACGCUGUGUUUGUGAAUGCUGGCUUUAAGGACAUCCGGGCCUAUCGCUACUGGGAUGCUGCUAAGAGGGGGCUGGACCUGGAGGGGCUCCUGGAGGACAUGGAGAGUGCACCCGAGUUCUCCAUCUUUGUUCUGCAUGCCUGUGCGCACAACCCAACUGGCACAGACCCCACCCUGGAGCAGUGGAAACAGAUUGCUGCUGUCAUGAAGCGCCGGUUCCUGUUCCCAUUCUUUGACUCAGCCUAUCAGGGCUUUGCCUCCGGCUGUCUGGACAGAGAUGCCUGGGCCGUGCGGUACUUUGUCUCUGAGGGCUUCGAACUCUUCUGUGCUCAGUCCUUCUCCAAGAACUUUGGGCUCUACAAUGAGCGAGUGGGGAACCUGAGUGUGGUGGGGAAGGACGCUGACAACGUGCAGCGUGUCCUUUCCCAGAUGGAGAAGAUUGUCCGCACCAUCUGGUCCAACCCUCCCUCACAAGGAGCACGUAUCGUGGCUACCACCCUCACCUGCCCGCAGCUCUUCGCUGAGUGGAAGGACAAUGUGAAGACAAUGGCAGAUCGGGUCUUGCUAAUGCGGUCGGAGCUCAGGGCCCGGCUCGAGGCUCUAGGGACCCCAGGCACCUGGAAUCACAUCACUGAGCAGAUUGGCAUGUUCAGUUUCACAGGGCUGAACCCUAAGCAAGUGGAGUACAUGAUCAAGGAGAAGCACAUCUACCUGAUGGCCAGUGGACGCAUCAACAUGUGUGGCCUGACCACCAAGAACCUGGACUACGUGGCCAGCUCCAUCCACGAAGCGGUCACCAAGUUCCAGUGAAGAACACAGACCACUGAACUCCCAUCUGAACCCACCAAAGCAGUAGUGUGUAGUCUGUUUCCCUGCUCAUAACUCACCUCCAUCACACCUGUGAGGGUUUAAUAAGGAUGGGGAACAGUGGCUAUAUCAGGGAUAUCAGUCUGCCUGCAUCUCUGAAAGCCCACUUAUACUACAGGCCAGUGCCCUCCUGGGGCUGGUGGGAAAGUAAGCCAUCUUGUCUCAUUUGGCUGACAGCAGCCAUAUGCGCUGGGACCCAUACAUCUCAAAGCUGCCUAUUUCCAUGCAACCAAAUAGACCCAGUAUAACCAAAAUGGUUUGCCCAGUCAACUUCUGUACAGGUGCAGUGCAUUGUGGGAUAGGUGCCCAAAUUCAUGGGCCCCCGUGUCUUGUCUGUGGGUUGGAGGCACUGUAAAAUUUCAGGGAGUGAGCCUAUUGUUGGCUUUCGCCUCACAUGAGCAAAGCGUGAUUGUUUCUUUGUGUCGCUGCUGCUUUGUGUUGCUGAAAGAAAAUAAACCUCCAUCUCCGAA